UCGCCUCGACUGUAUGCUGGCUCGGGUCUCAUCCAUCAACAACAUCAACACAACGCAGACACCGCUAAUCAACACCGGUUACAUAAAUUCACUUUGAGGAGGAGGCAUCAUACUUAGCACAGGAAGGAGUUGCAGCAUCUUUCAGCUAAAGCAUUGUUUCAGGAACAUUUCAUCAACAUUUCAUCAGAACAAGAGAUAGAGGAAGCAGAGAGACGGAGAAUCACGAUGGAUGAGUUCCAACAGAUUAAAAUGUCUGUAUUUCUCAUUCUGCUGCUUCAGUUUACAGGAGCUGCAAUUGGACAUCAUGUCCUCUACCUCUCUGUCAGAGUUGGAGAUGAAGCAACUUUUCAGUUGACUGAGCAUCAGGUCAAUGAUGAGGUGACGUUACGCUGCUCUGUGUCGAGAUAUGGAGGGUGUAGACACAAAGUGAAGUGGCUGCUUCAGGGUCGAGAUGUGGAUAAAGACAACAAUGAUAUAAGGACAACACAGUCUGUGUGCUCUGCUUCUCUGACAUUUUGGACUUCUCAUUUUAGUAACACACAAAGGUCUGAGUUAUUUACUUGUGCAGUGAUGACAGUUGGUGGCAAAGUGCAGACCUUCAGCCUUCAGUACUCAGGUGAGGACACAGCAGCAACAACAGAGAGCGACACCAGAUCAGGUUUCACUACGACAGCUUCUGUGAUCACUGAAGAUUCAGCAGGUGAGGACACAGCAGCAGCAACAACAGAGAGCGACUCCAGAUCAGGUUUCACUAAGACAGCUUCUGUGAUCACUGAAGAUGCAACAGGUUGGUGGUGGUGGAUCAUCGUUGUGAUCGUGGGUGUUGCAGCACUCACAAUAAUCACUGUGGCUGUCAUCAGACGGAAGAGGACUCAAUGUGAGGACAUUCACACAUUAUACUUUACAAACAAGAAGCUUUUGAUGAACUUGGAUUUUAACUAUGGAAGAUUACAUUGAUGCUCUUUUGCCUCUGCAGGACAGAGACCUCAGACGGAUGAAAACAUUGUGCGUUAUGAUGUAGAUAAUGGUACAGUGAACUAUGACAACAUCAGACCUCCUGAUGGAGUUUAAGCAACACUUCUUUCUCCAUCAGACUCCACUGAUCAACAACGUCUACAUCUAUCAUCGUGUUUCACAUCAGGAGUGGAAGAUUAUACAAUCAUUUUCAGUUAUCUAUUGUAUAAUUUAUGACAUUACGCAGCUGGAUUUUAACUCAGUUUAACAGGAAUGAGUUUUUAACGCUUGUUUACUUUCUUAUAUUGUCUUCCAGCUGAAAAUGUCAGAGCUGAUUUUAAGAUGUAUUGCUUGUUGUUGAAGCUACAGCAGAUUUAGCUCAGUUUAAUAUUUCUGUGUGCAGAAUAACUUACUUUAAUCCACUUUCAUUUAGCGUUGCUGUUAACAUAACAUAUUAGUUGUCAGCAUUAAUUGA